AAGCAACCCGCCUGUUCAACAUGAAGUUUCGUGCUUUGCUUGUGGUCGCAGUUCUGGCGGCGCCGACGACGGCGGUCUUCAGCAGGGAGUCGGCGUCCGACGACUCGUCAGUGACGGAGGCGCCGUGCCCGGGGCCCUGCCCGGCGACGCACGACCCCGUCUGCGCCACCUUUGACAAUCGACACUACUACUACUCGUUCAGCAACUACUGCAUGUACCAGCAGUGCCUAUGUACUCUCAACUACCAAUUCCCCCUGGUGCCUCUCUUCCGUUGCUUCUUCAAGGUGAGAAACGUGUGUCCAGCGCGCGGCAAACUGCGCCAGCUGAGGCCAAACGACGACGACGACGACCUCUCCUACUCACCAACCCUGGAGAAAAACAACGUGCGAUCCACAGCGCAGGGCUACGCGACCAGCUCGGAACAGAGCGGAGAGGUUUUCGAUUGAAAGCCUGCGGCCUGAAGAAAGAUCUCUUUCUGUCAUAAAUAACAUAAGUGAAGUUAACAUUAAUAUGCAAGUACGCUCACCCGACAUGUGAUAAGAACCUGUUCAGUAACAUAGAAAGAAUUUCUGAUCAAACGAAAAAUAAUCAAGAUAAACUGAAGGUCAUAUGUAGCUUUUAAUUUUACGCUUACAGAAAAAUUGUUUUGGAUAGUAAAAUCAUUCGAACUCGUAAUUUUUGAUGAAUGUGUGAUUACAUUUUCUUUGCUGACAAUUAGUGAUCCAUUUUACAGCAGAAGAAGUAAUUUUGAAAUCUCUGUUGUCUCCACUAUUUGGUUGAGCCCAUAAACGAUGUGUUUUACGAAAUUCUUAAUGAAAUGGUUCAUGAAGUGAAAUAA